UUCGCUCUCAUAUUUCUAUAUUUACAUUUGUUUUGUUACAGUAUUUAUUUGCUUGAAAAAGUGACGAUUUAAAAUAAUUAAAUAAAUUAUCAAAAAACUGAAUUCAAAAAAUGAUUCCCGAUCCAUUGCUGUUUACAUUUUCUCUCAUUGAAACAGGCGCACUUCUCUUCUUAUUGGUGUAUUUUACUAUUAUUUUAUCCGAUUUAGAAUGUGAUUAUAUGAAUGCUCAACAUUGCUGUUCGAAGCUAAAUUUUUGGAUUAUACCAAAACUAGUGGCACAUGCAUUUUUAACAUUGGCUUUUCUCUUCACGGGUCACUAUUGGUUAUUUCUUUGCAAUGUACCGAUGUUGGGAUGGAGUGCGUAUGAACUAUAUAGUCUUCCAUCUGGAAAUAUGGGCCUAUUUGAUCCAACCGAAAUUCACAAUCGUGGCAUGAUCAAAAAACAUAUGCGCAACUGCAUGAUAUAUCUCGGAUAUUAUCUAAUACUUUUCUUUGUCUAUUUGUACUGUUUAAUCAACGCUUUGCUCAAAGGGGAUCCAAUUAGACGACAUGAAGAUGGCGAGAUAAUAACUGAAUUUUAAGUUUGGCAUUCACAAAAGAUAUUAUUUGAACUAUGUCAACAUCAAUAAUACUCAAAUUAGACUGAAUUUUAUUUAUUCAAACCAAAGUAUUGAAACUAUUCGUCGGAACAUAAAGUUUAUAUUAGAAUUCAUUUCAUGAACAUAUUUCAAACCAAAAAAAAAAUUCAAAACCUUAUAUCACAUGGGGGGCGAAGUUUAUAGAAAAUGCACAUGAAGUAGUGCCAAACUAUAGUUUUUUAUCUGCCAAUUCAAUUAAAAGACAAACAAGAACGACUAAGCUAAA